AUGAAGGAAGAAGAAACUGUCAAAAAAUACUCAGACAGGAUUAUGGCUGUGGUAAACAACAUAAGACUCCUUGGUGAGCAGUUUAAUGAAGCAAGGAUAGUGGAGAAGGUUAUUUCAACCUUGCCUGAGAGAGAAGAGUUAGCAGACUGGAGGAGCACUAGGAAGGUACCUUUCAGGCAAAGACCAAUACUACCUACAAAGGCAAAAAGACCUGGAAAGACAAGCCAAAGUAUGAUGCUGCAAGGAAAGGAGAUCAAACUUGCAGGCAUUGGUCUGCAAAAACCAAGGCAGAGCCAACUUCAACAGAUGAAGGCUGUGGCUCGAGUUGCCAAGGAAGACAGUGAUCAUGAGGAGCAAGUUUUGGCUGUGUCAUGCUCAACUGCUCAGGAAAGGUUUUCAAAUGGUUGGCUCUUAGACAGUGGAUGCACCAACCACAUGACACCAGAUGCUGCUAUCUUCAAGUCAUUGGACAGAAGCUACAGAACCAAAGUCAAGAUUGGUAAUGGUCACUUUAUAAAAGCAGAAAGAAAUGGUGAUGUGUUGAUACGCACUCCCAGAGGUGCCAAGGACUCAGAUACUGCUUACACAACUACAAUAGAUGAAUCUAAGCUUUGGCAUCAAAGACUUGAACAUGCCAAUUACAAAUCGAUGGACCAGUUGUGCAGAAAUAGUUUGGCUAAAAAUUUCAUAAAUUCAGUCCAAAACCAAGAGGUUUGUGAAGUGUGUCAGCUAAGGAAGCAAGCCAAACUUCCAUUUCCCUCGAAUCAAGCCUGGGGAGCCUCUAAAAGACUACAACUUGUGCACACUGAUGUGUGUGGCCCCAUGAAGACUGAGUCACUAAAUGGAAGCAGGUAUUUCAUAUUGUUUAUUGAUGAUUUUUCAAGGUUUUGUUGGAUUUACUUCUUGAAACAGAAAUCAGAGGUGGCCUCUGUGUUUUGGAAGUUCAAGACUGCUGCUGGGACUGAAACAGGCUACAAGUUGAAGACCCUAAGGUCAGAUAAUGGGACUGAGUAUACCUUAGCUUAG